AGACAGACAGACAGACAGACAGACAGACAGACAGACAGACAGACACUCCUGUCCAUUACCAUCAUGAAUGUGCUGAUUGAAAUCGAGCCUUUCUCUCAGUGACCAAUCAGAGGAAGAGCAGCGGGAAGCUGAAACAACGGUAGCCUACAAAUGUGGGUGAGGACACCAGUGUGUAGAAACACAGAGAGACACAGAGACCCGGAACAUCCUGUCCAUGACAGCUACAGACAUGAGCGCUCAGGCUAAAGAAAAGAAAAUCCGCGCAAAUUGCAAGUGCAAGUCGCCUACUUUAUUCUCCUCAUACUGUAUUGAAAGCAUACUGGGCAGAAGUCCUCUGAAAGUCAGACUCCUCGGGAUGCAGAGUCUGACAGCAGCAUUUCGGACAGAGGACCGUCAAGCUGGGCCAAAUUUGUCUCCUCACACGGAACCGAACCUGUUACCCAAACUGCGGCCCCCGUUCAAUCCUCGGAGAGAAGACGAGCUGGAGAGCGCACAUGGAGACGAGCUGGAGAGCGCACAAGGAGACGACCUGGAGAGCGCACAAGGAGACGAGCUGGAGCUCAGAGCAGGUCUAAACUCCUGCUACCCGGAAAAUGAACUCAUCAGUUCCCUAAAGAGCCGCGCUGCUCAGGAUCAAAUAGACCCGGAUAAGCGCAGACAGCAUGGAGACGCGCGUCUCUCCCCGGGACCUGAGGACGAGUUGAGACAGAAAAACACAAACACGAAGGACAGCGAGGAUGGUGUGUACGUGUCACCGAGUAGUGACGCCGAGGACGGGACUCUGAGACGCAAACAGAGGAGAUACAGGACUACAUUCACAAGUUACCAGCUAGAUGAACUGGAAAGAGCUUUCCAAAAGACGCACUACCCUGACGUGUUCACAAGGGAGGAAUUAGCCAUGAGACUCGAUCUGACUGAAGCGCGCGUGCAAGUCUGGUUCCAGAAUCGACGUGCAAAAUGGAGAAAAAGAGAGAAGGCUGGGGUUCAGCCUCACCGUCUAGGCCUUCCAUUUUCUGGACCCAUCACUGCAGCACAGCCUCUAUGCCAUUAUCUGGGUGGGGGUGCAUUUAGCCCCAACCUGCACCCAGGCAUUGAGUCAGGGUGGCCUGUUUCCCUCCAUGGAUUUGCCCAGCCUAUCCCAAACCCUGUUCCCCCAAACCGAAUCUGCUCCCUGCUUGGAGCAGCAAUGCUCAGACACCCUGCACUUAUUAGCCCUUCUUUUGGAAGAUUCUUCACCCCACUGGCACUUCAAAGACUGCCUAUUCCCACCACAGAGAAUCAAAUCCUGCCUCCCCUUCACAUUCCGGAUCCUUCUUCCUCAUCUUCAUCCACUCUGUGUUCCACUUCCUCGCCCGUGGACCGCCGUGCGUCCAGCAUCGCGGCUCUGCGACUCAAAGCCAGAGAGCACUCGGCUCACAUCGGCCAGCUCAGCGUCCUCGCAGCCGGUACAGGUGAAAAAGAGGCCUAACGUCUCUCUCCCUACACCCAAGACAUGAGACCAAAGCUAAAGUGCACUACAGCAUCAAGAAUCCUUUUGGAAUCCCACAAGGAAUAAACCUCUACUGACUACUGAAGCUCCAUGAUGGCUUUAAUUGAUGGAAGCAACGCCAAAGGGACUUGAGUCCUGUAUAUUUCACAGUGGAUACAAACAUUGUGCAUUUAUUGUAUUGGUGUUCUAAAAGAAAAAGCUUUAAUGAAUAGUCUUCUCCUGUUAUUAAAAAAUCUUUUAUAUGUGCUUUUUUUAAUCUCGUGAGGCCGAAAACUUAGUUCAGGGAAGAACAAACCUGCACUUCCCUAUUUAACUGCUGAAGGAGCCAAGAAUAUGUGAAAAAAAAGAGCUGUGAAGUGAGGUGUUGUGCUGUCUUACAGUUUAACAUGAUUAAAACAAGCAGAUUGGGUUGCCAGAUACGCACAAACCCGUACCUCUGUAUGUUUAAUUACUUUAAUGAUCACAAAAAAUCGCAUUAAAGCCUCAUGGCUUUAUGAAAUCUUUGUCUGGAGGUUUAAAGCUUUUUAAGAAAGCACAACGUUAUUUAUGUUGCUGGUCUAAAUUGCUGAAUGCCAGGAUUUUGAUCCUCAGCACCUCCGCUGAGAUCCAUCUAAAUUUAGUCUAAAUUUCUUUCAGCACCAUUCACACACAUUAAGAAGCUUAUUUUGUUCUCCGGUGUUGCUUUGUCCCUUUCAAAAGGUGGAUAUCAGAAUGAAUGGACUAUGUUUGUAAGCCUGGACUUCUUCCAAGCAGCGUAAUUCUUCCACACUUAAGUCAUCAUCCAAUUAGUUUGGUGUGUAAAGUGAUUUGUCAUCUCCUAGAUUUCAGUUCAGAGGACAAGAGAAGCGUUUUGUCACCGAAGCGGAUUUCUGUCACUAACUACCUUCUUUUACGCCACACCAUUCCACAAAGCAAUGAAUAAUAGGAACUGAUAAAUACUAAUUCCCUAUGAAAAGAGGUCUUACACGAUCUUUUGUCCCACACACUAUUCAGAGUAGGGCUGAUGAAAAGGUCCAGGGAUUAACAUAAUCAAAUGAAUCGAACUAAUCUAUUUGGGUGAUCAACUUAAUGCUCUCUGGAAAUAGACAUUUUCAGUGGCAGGAUAUUGUGGGUUAGAAAAGAGCUGAUGAGUUAUGGUGGGAUGCGAAGGUAUUACGGCCCGGCACAGGUGUCUCUCUGUUUAAAGUCUCCGUACACAAUGGUACACAAUAAACACAAUAGUGUGAGUGUAACGGCUUAAAGGGAAGUUGCAGAGAAGUUUGGAUGAUUUGAGCAAUGGGAAGGCUGAGAGCAGCCACCACGUUUCAGCCUGUGAGAAGAAGAGAAGAUUUGUGUAUUUGUUUAUCUGAUCUAUGGCAGAAAUUGUGUCAGAAACUAUAAUAUCAAAUGUGCAUAUCCUUUAAAACCAGGCUGAAGAAGUUGUUCCUUUAUUUGUAAAAAAGAUCUUUGGGGUUAAAAAGAAAGAGUAGAUACUGGACUGAAGAUGAAUAAUGAAUAACGACUAUGAAUAAUGACUUGU